AUGCUAAUCGCACUCAAGUACACCCUUUUACACCUAAGCUUAGUGCAAGGUGAGCAAACAAGCAAAUGCUCGAUUGGUCACGGACAGUAUGACAGGUCAUCUGUCAUGAACAAAGGUCGAGGCUCAUCCGGUCCCGUCGAAGCAAAAGAAAAACCGAGGCAUCUCGUCAUCUGUCGAAUGCCACCCUCGGUCCCUUGGGCAGGUUACAAGGAUGCUACUACCAUGCCCUCGGUCGUGCGCUGCUCAAUGGAUCGUCGUCACCCGCACUGUGACAUUGUCGUCGACGAGUUCAUGACUCGCCGGCCCUCAUUUCCGUGGCCCGUCUCCGCAAGUGGCCAGCUUGUUCUUGGGGGAGGGGGGACUAUCCCCAAUAGUCGGUGCCCGUUCGUCUUCCUUUCCCACGGAUACGGUAGCAUUGUUAUUCGUGCUUGGGUGCGUGGUACUGUACUACUGUGCUACGCAGGGCGUCGGCUGCCCCAUCUUACCAAGCCCAUCGCAAUCCCUCGCCCAUCAACCAUCCCCGAUUCAUCCAACCGCCCGCAGCCGGACAGGCAAGCUACGAAUGGAGAGCGGAACUGUCAAACCCCGAGACGCUGCUGCUGGGACAUGGUCGUUAUCCGUACCGCACACUUUUUGCUGUGUGUCUCUCUCUGUCUGUCAGAUGGUAUCCCCUUGUUCGAUCCGUGGCAUGGCUUCGCCUAA